UCAAGGCUUCGGUCUGCGCAUGCGCGCAGGGCAGCGUUGGUCGCUCUUUAGCAGAAGACUCGACACUGUCAAGGUAACGCGCACGCUGGGGACAGUUCUGAGAUUUACAAACAGCUGAACCUGUCUCGCGCACCGUUAUUCACGUCAAUCGCUGGCAGAAAAUAGCCGCCGAGCGAUUAAUGCGAUGUAACAACACAGAGGGACGGCAAAUACGGACCGCUACCAGAGAGACGCCGCGCUAGCGCUUGAUAAACACAGCAGUAGCCAGUCAUGCCGCUGGUGAAGAGGAGUAUCGAGCCCAAGCACCUGUGUCGAGGAGCUCUGCCUGAUGGAGUGCUCAGUGAGCUGGAGUGUGUCACCAACAGCACCCUGGCGGCCAUCAUCAAACAACUGGGCAGCCUGAGUCGUCACGCAGAGGACAUCUUUGGAGAGCUGUUUAAUGAAGCCAACAGUUUCUACAUGCGUAUGAAUAACCUGCAAGAGAGAGUGGACCUGCUGGCUAUCAAAGUGACCCAGCUGGACUCCACCGUGGAAGAGGUCUCUCUGCAAGAUAUCAACAUGAGGAAGGCCUUCAAGAGCUCCACCAUUCAGGACCAACAGGUGGUUUCCAGAAACUCAAUCCCAAAUCCUGUCCUGGAGCUCUACCACCGCGGAGACAAACCUCCCCCUCUCAAUAUUCUCAGCCCUUACAGAGAUGAUAAGAAGGACGCACUGAAGUUCUACACAGACCCCUCCUACUUCUUUAACCUCUGGAGGGAGAAAAUGCUGCAAGCCACAGAGGACAAGAGAAAAGAAAAGAGGAGACAGAAGACAAGCAGCUCAGGCCAGACUCACUCAGACCAGACUAAGUCCCACUCCAGGCAGGCCCUUCUCAGAAGCCCCCUCCUAUCCUCCGAGCAGCAGAAACAGGUGGAGGACCCCAGUCGUGAGGUGAAAAAGGUUCGUAAGGCACGGAAUCGUAGGCAGGAGUGGAACGUAAUGGCGUAUGAUAAGGAGUUCCGCCCAGACGCCCGCUUCACGCCUUCUCCGUACCAUGGCAUGUCCUCUGAGGGCUCACUUUCACCAGACAACAGGUCGGUUGCCUCAGACUUGGGUGAGCACUCUUACCCAGGCAGCCCCAGUCACCCGGCUCAGCAGAUGGCCGUGGCCAGUGCCUACUCCGCUGCCAAUGGCAAAGAUCACCUCAUGGCACCCUCUCAUGUCCAGACCCAGUCCCUAGACCGUGUGUAUCGGCCGGCCGCUUCCUCCUCCACUCCACCUGGGAGACAGACUAUUGGCAGGGUUCAGAAGUCCCAUGGACAACCAGUCACAGACCCUGCUCUCAACGGGCCACGUCCCCUGCAGGCUAAAGACUUCAGUGGUCAGCAGUCUCAGCAUCGAGAGUAUUUCGUACCUCCUGCUCCUCCUCCACCUCCUCCUAUCAUUCCUUCCGCCCAGACUGCCUUUGACAGUCCCACUGGCCCCUCCUCUGCCCCGGCCAGUGCUAUGCCAUCUCUUUCCCAGACCUACAAUGCUUCUCCUCCCACCCCUGCCCUCCCUGCUUCCUACACUCCUUCCCCAACCCAUCCUCCUCCCGCAGCCCCCCCUCCACCUCCACCUGGGCCGCCCACACACCCCCACCCCCACCCACACCUUCACUCACACACCAUGCCCACUGCCCCUGCGGAAGCACCAGUUGUCCCCAGGAAGGGCCAGAUACCUCUCAUCCCAAUGAGCGACGCACGCAGCGACCUGCUGGCAGCCAUCAGACGAGGGAUCCAGCUGCGUAAGGUGCAGGAACAGCGGGAGCAGGAAGCAAAGAAGGAGCCAGUUGGGAACGAUGUGGCCACUAUAUUAUCUCGUCGCAUCGCCGUGGAGUACAGCGAAUCUGAUGAAGACUCUGAGCUGGACGAAAAUGAGUGGUCAGACUGAGACAU